UGAAAUCAACACUCUGCUAAAUGUUAAAUAAUGUUUGUAUUUUUCUUAGGUUGCCAUACCGGUUGGAGGCGGUACCAGGACCAUUGUUAUCUCUUUGAGCAGACCUUUUUAAACUGGAACGAGGCAAAGACCUAUUGUACUAACAACGGAGCAUAUCUGGUUGAAAUUGACACCAAAGACGAAGAUGAUUGGCUUGUUGAACAAAUAUCGAUGCGCAAUGGUGGUAAGAAUGAAAAUCAGUACCUAGGAGCAACUUCUCACGCACAACUUGGUGUGUGGAGAUGGAGUACGGACAAUGCUCUUAUUUCCUAUAGCAACUUCUGGCCAGGUCAACCAAACCUCUACACCGCCGAGAGAUGUAUAGUUCUAGACUGGGAUGCAACAUAUGGUACUUAUAAAUGGGGAGACACAAGAUGUGAGAUGACAAGAAAGUUCAUAUGUGAAAAAGAUUUGUGA